AAAGUCUCCAAAAAGAGUAAAUAGAGACGCGAGAAUCAAAAUUUGCUUGACCAGGAAGCAAAUAAGUAGAAGAAGAAUAUCAAAUUAGGGUUUUGAAACCUACAUUAUUCUUUUGCGACGAUACUAUAAUCACCACUAGAGAAGCUGUAUAAUACGGAAGAUCCAAGCCGGGUUUCGCGAAAUUUCCAUCGGACCCGAUGGACCCGUCUCCAUCCCAACCACCGCAGAAAGCCGUCCCGAGGCUGGCUACAGUAGGAUGGCGAAGUAUGUUGAUCUUCAAUCUCGGUCUUGCAGCUUUUAUAUUUGCGAAAAAACGAGAAAAGGACAUUGAUGUGGGCGAGAAAAUGGGAGCUAAAAGGGGUAGUAAAGGUGCGAAAAAGAGUGCUGUGAACACCGAGACCGACAAUCAAGUUGCAGAACACAACAGUCAAGUUGAAGAAACUGAUAAGGCUAAGAACUCAGAAACUGCAGUUCUGGACAAGGAAGAAACCGAACCGAUCCCUAAACAUGAUCCUCUCUUUGAGUUCACGGAUGCAACAGCUGACGAGUUGGUGUUUCAGGGUGCGGCGACUGAGCCUGUGCAGAUAGCAAGGAAACCGAUUCCAGAAGAUGAGCAAAGGGAGCUUUUCAAGUGGAUCUUGGAAGAGAAAAGGAAGAUGGAACCAAAAGACAGGAAAGAGAAGAAACAUAUCGAUGAAGAGAAAGCUGUCUUGAAACAGUUUAUUCGCGCUGAGAGGAUUCCAAAACUUCUACCUGAUGAUUCUGUUGAUUCUUCACUUCGUGAUUGGGACAAAUUCUUCUCCUCCAAGUAGAGAAACAUAAGACUAAUGUACUUGUUUUUUUUUGGUACCCUCAUUGCCUUUUUACUACUUUGAUUGUUUCACUUAGGCAUCGGAUUCGGUUCUAACGGUUAUCUCUGGUUCGCUCAAAAACUUACUUAAUUGAACCUAUUCAAUUUGGUUAGUUUGGUUUAUGAAACUUCUACAGAA